CUCCGCCGUGACAAAGUGAAAGGAUGAACAGAGACAUGACAAAAGUCCCGCCGCCGCCGCCGCCGCUUGUCGUUUGAUGUUACCGGUGUUAUGUUGACAUUGAUGCUGGUAACAUGUGGUUUCCAGGUGGUGUAGCCGCUUAUCUCACUUCUCCACCCCGUUAACUUGAUUCUGAGAAAUGCCUGCGGAAAGUUUUUCUCCUCGGAUGGAAGGUUUGCGACGGAGUGGCUGCCACUGGGCUGUUGUAGCGUUUUCACUCCACUUUUGGUGACAACAGAGGAAGCCAGGCCCUUGAGUGAGUGACACAAUGUCGUGGGGUGAGUUCAUCGAGCUGCGCGAGCUGCGCACAAACAGAGAGCAGAUAGAGGUGACGACUGCACAUUUCCCCUGCUCGCCUCCUCGCCUGGAAAGAACCAAUGCCCUCAGGAUCAGCCCGGGGAAGGUCCCAGACCUGCUGAGCCGAGCGGGUAUCAUCCGAGUCCUGAGCAGCACCCACGACCCCCAGCCCGCCGAGGAGAAGGGAGAGGGACACAACUUCCAACCGUGCAGCCACGCUCAGCCCACGUGGUGUGACCUGUGCGGAGACUUCAUCUGGGGCCUUUACAAGCAGAGCCUGCGGUGUGUCAAUUGUAAAUUCACGUGCCACUACCGCUGUCGGGGCCUGAUUCAGUUGGACUGCCGCUGGGACGGAGGCUCGCUGUCUGACCAAACGUAUGUCGUGGAGCACACCAUAGACACAAAUGUGGAUGAGCAAACUGAAUGUGGAAAGCAGGAGUUGACAACUGCUACUAUUCAGCAGAAGGUGAAGGAGUACAAUGCUCAGAUCAACAGCAAUCUGUUCAUGAACACGAACAAGGAUGGCUCCUACACCGGCUUCGUUAAGGUACAGUUCAAGUUGGCUCGCCCUGUGUCAGUUCCUCCCCCUAAGAAAGGAAGUCACGAUGGUGGAGGGAGGAAGGCAGGUGGAGUGAAGCGUCGCACCUCUUUCUACCUGCCAAAGGAUGCAUCCAAGCACCUGCACAUAAGCUCUCGCACUUCUGCCCGCGAGGUCAUUGAAGCUUUACUAAAAAAGUUUACUGUGGUGGACAAUCCUGCAAAGUUUGCUCUGUUUGAGCGCAGCGAGCGCCAUGACCAAGUUUAUGUUCGCAAGCUGUCCGAUACUGAGCAACCCCUUCGCCUGCGUCUGGUUGCUGGACCCAAUGAGAAGGUCCUGAGUUUUCUGCUGAAAGAAAACGAAACUGGAGAAGUCAAUUGGCAUGCUUUCUCCAUGCCCGAGUUAAAGAACUUCCUGCGUAUUCUGCAGCGUGAAGAAGAAGAACACGUCAAGCAAAUAGUGCAGCGAUACGCUCUGGCCCGCACUAAGAUGCAGGAGACCCUGGCUGGUUCAACCCCUGGCUGAGAUGCCUCUGUGUUCGGGAUUAAACAUGCACUUCUUGGCUGGAUUUAUCACCUGAAGAUGACCAGUUGUCACUGCAUCUAAAGAUCCCAGAGAAACAACUCAAAACGCCACUUAGGUGAACGAGUGAGUGAGUCAGGGCGCAAGACAAUGAGAGAGCUGGCGCGAAUGUGCGUGUGAGAUGAUGUGAGAGAUGAGAAGUGCCUUACACCUGGAGAGUCUGAUGUGCCUGAGAGAAUGGGUGGAGAGAAAUGACGACUGGCAGAAGAGACGGCGGUUGCAUCCCUGUUUGGGAACUGACUAAUUAUCCUGUACCUUAGCUGUGUCCCUUUAGCUUUAAAAAAGUGUCAAUGGUGGUUUUUUAUUAUUUUUAUUAUUAUUAUUGUUGUCAAUUAUACAUAAUUAGAAAUUGCGUUAAAGUUGAGCUCCAUAUCAUUUUGAAAUUACAUAUCUGUUAUUUUUCCAGAUGACAAUCCCCUGCCCCUUUUUUAGAUUAAAAUGUUCUGUUUUAAACAACCCAAAAUCAAACCUCGCUUUAAGACCUCAUUGACAUUCCCUCGACUGUCACCCUUUAGAAAAGUUAAAAACAAAUCUGCUGCUCACAGGUAUCAGGAUUUUUUUUUUAGUCCCCGUCUCAAAAGAAUGCCAGGUCCUCUCAGCAACCCUUGAUGGGUGCCACCCUUCUUUUUUUAAAACUAGUAUUAGUGCUAGUUGUGUGUGUAUGUCCAAUGUAUGACGAUGUAUGCAAUCACGAAUGUCCGGAAGAGCAAUGUUGCAAAGUCGCUCUGGUUGACUGGUAUCAUGAAUGAACAUGUGUUUCACUGAAAUCUGUUUGUCAUUCCUUAUAACUUUCCAUUUGUUUUAAAAGCAAAUGUUUGUCUUCCGUUUUUCACCAUACUUUCAUUGUAUUCAUCUAUGCACAUAUUUACAUGUUGUAGCUGUCCAAAAAUGUGGGGCAAAUCUGCACUGCGUUCAGUAAAGUAUUUCCCAGUUUUGUCAA